GAGGAGUCAACCAACAUGCAACGCUUUCUAAUUUUCGCGGCUUUGAUCGCCGCCAGCGAGCGCACAGCUCUGCAAGAACACCGGAGAUCUGGUGCCGAACCCGAUCAACUGCAAGCAGUUCUUCAUGUGCCGUACCGGGCGCACCAUUUAUUCACCUGCCCGGACAACACGUGCUUCAACCCGCGCACGCUGGCCUGUGACUCCACCAACAAGGUGCGCUGCGAGCCCGGCGAUAUCCCGACGAGCAUUCUGACCUCCUCGCUCAAGGCGCUGCCGGCGAACAUCGAGCACACCGUGACGGCGUGCAUCAACCAGCCCGUCGCGACCUGCUGGCCAACACUGCCGACUGUAGCCGCUUUCUACCAGUGCUCGAUUACGGGCGCCAUCAACUUCCAGUGUCCAGCUGGCACCUGUUCGAUGCUUACCGCAAGAAUGUUCCUCGGUACCGAUCCAGCCGCCGUCGCUUCCGAUCGUUCCGCCAUCGCAACCGAUCAUGCACCAUCGCUGCCGAUCGUCCCGCCAGUGCCGAUGCCCAUGCCCCAGCCGGCCAAGCAACCUGAACAGCCUGCAGAUGCUGUGCCGUGGAAAAGCCACUCGGAGCGAGAGAUACGCAACCCGUCCAACUGUUCGGAC